AAUGCCGGCAGUCCAGAUUCUCAGCUGCACCGCCCCUUUCCACUGGGAAUGAUCUAGCUUGGUCGUUUACAUUCAGCUACUGAGCAACAGGCAGGCAAGUCGGGGACAAGGCGCGGUACACCAAGAAAUCACUUUCAAACUAGUCUGUUUUAAGCCAUUUUCUUUGAUAACUAUUAAAGGUAAUUAGAUUUUGACCAAACUUUACGCACCCUUGUACAAAACGACGACGAGCUCUAUUUCAUCCUUUCGGAUAAAAGGUAAAAGCGAAAGUUUGUCAUCAUAGUAUCAGAAACCCCAGGCUUCAGUGCGAGGAUACGAGCGACUUCCUGGACCUGAGGUUAAAGGGAUCGAGCUCCUGUUGCCAUGGAUGUCCAGCCACCAGGCCAGCGGGCAGUACUUCCUGUCGUCCCGCCACAGAAACCUCUGCAGCCAGACAUGGGAUACAAUUCCUUGAACAAUUUCUGCCUCGUGAAGAAGAUUGGGAGAGGCCAGUUCAGCGAGGUGUACAGGGCCACUUACCUGCUGGAGAACACAUCCGUAGCUUUGAAAAAAGUUAAGAUAUUCGACCUGAUGGACGACAAAUCUCGGCAAGAUUGCAUCAAAGAGAUAGAUCUCCUAAAGCAGUUGAACCACCCCAAUGUGAUUAAGUACCACGCCUCCUUCAUCGAAGCCAAUGAGCUAAAUAUAGUGCUGGAGCUUGCGGAUGCAGGAGAUCUCUCUCAGAUGAUUAAGCACUUUAAGAAGCAGAGGCGUUUGAUCCCAGAGCGGACGGUGUGGAAGUACUUCGUUCAGCUGUGCAGCGCUCUGGAGCACAUGCACUCGCGGCGCGUCAUGCACAGAGAUAUAAAGCCAGCCAACGUGUUCAUUACCGCCACCGGGGUGGUGAAACUGGGGGACCUGGGACUGGGGCGGUUCUUCAGCUCCCAAACCACGGCGGCCCACUCUUUAGGCACCCCGUACUACAUGUCUCCGGAGAGGAUUCACGAGAACGGGUACAACUUCAAGUCGGACAUCUGGUCGCUCGGCUGCCUCCUCUAUGAGAUGGCUGCCCUUCAAAGCCCCUUCUACGGGGACAAGAUGAGCCUGUAUUCGCUGUGCAAGAAGAUCGAGCAGUGUGACUACCCCCCUCUCCCCUCCGAUCACUACUCCGAAGAGCUGAGAAAGCUGGUAGAUAUGUGCAUCUUUCCCGAUCCGGAGAGGAGACCCGACAUCACCUACGUGUACGACGUCGCCAAGCAGAUGCAGGCCGUCACGCUCGGCUGCUAAGCCUGCUCGGAAAGCACCUUCCCUCCCCUCCUCCUGCUCCAUACGCACUUCUCCAACAGAAGGGCUCUUCAAUAUCAAGUGCACUUAAGGGUAAUAAAGCACUUUGGCUGCUCCAAGCAGGUUCCUUCGGUGUUCUCUGCCUUUAAACCAAUAGACCCUUUGACCUUUUGACUCUUUGACCCUUCUGACACAAGUUCAACUGGUCUAUUGCUUGUAUGCAGUUGGGUGGGAAUGAUGUCUUUUACAAUAGGACCCAAAAUGCUGUUAUUCUGUAAUAGUACCCUUUCUGGUUAUAACUCUGAAUCAAUACCUUGAUAUUGAAUUUUUGAUUUUAAUGUUUAUAGAUUUUUUAAAUUUUUUGUUGUGUUUUAUUGAAUGUAAUUUAAAAAGGAACUGUGUGCCAUUUUGUGCAUGUUAAAGGGGAGAAAUAUGAAUAACCGUGCAUCACAGCAUAUGUAUGAUCCACCCUAACAGGCUGUUAACUUUGAUAUAUCCAGUUAUAAAAAUACCCAUAAUGUUCAAAUUUUAUAUUUAUUCCUUAUUUAAAACCAGACAAUUGAACCGUAUUCUUAUAGUAAAAGUACCGUUUUGAGAGCAUCAAUGAAAACUAGGCAUGAGACCAUAUACUCACAAAUCCCACAAUGCAAUUUGUAUCCCCGUAUAGGUUUUGCAACAGUUAUAAUGUACAACGUGUACUGCAAUGUGUGAAACACAAAAUGAAUAUGUAGAAUGAAGGAAAAAGACAACCUUUAAUUGAAACCCUAAAUUAAUCUUGUUUAUUGAACAUUAGAAAUUAAGUAUAAUUUCAGUUCACUGCCAUGUGCCAAAGAUUUUUAUAAACAAAAAAAAAAAUACUGUUGAUUUUUACAGUGACAAUGCAAAGAUUUAUGUGUGUUAUACCUAAAGUAUGUUCCAUUUUGUAAACCAUCAGUGUUUAAUAUGCGUAGUCUAGUAAAUUAAGCUGCAAAAUCAAGCCAUCGUCGUUUUUACGAGGCAAUUUUAAUCUGUCCCAUGGUACUGUAAUUAAAUUUUGCGAUGUACGAUACAGGGGCACGUAUUGUAUUACAUUGUAAAAUUCAUUAAAAUGACAUUUUGCCUUGUUUUGAUAAUGAAAACCAUUUCACUUAUUUGCUGCUUUGCAAAUUGGCUAUUGCUGGGACUGGGGCAGGCGUGUUUAGCUACUACUGGCUAUGCUAGCUAUCUUCAUUUGGCUCAUCUGUGGUUUCUCAUGGGUGCUUAUAUUUAAUUGGUUUUAUUUUUAACCAAAUUUGCAUUGAACUUCUUUUGUUCCGUAUUUUCUUUCAAGAAGUCCAAGUGGGAACUGACUUUCUCUCUGCAAAACAUUUGUGAAAUCGCUGAAUCCAAUUGGGUGUUGUGUGAACUGCGUCCCCACGUACAUUUUUUGGUUUUUUUUGUACGUGGAAUUCAGGUACAGUGCACUAUCAUUUUUUUUGUUAUUUUUGCAUGUUUAUUAUUUUGUGGUUAACUGAUUUUUUUUUAAGUAGUGUCCCUAGUUGAGGCUUGCAUGCGGUCUUUUCAAUAUCCUACAUUAUGUGCCAGUAGGAUUUCAAAUCAUAAAAUAUCAGGGUAAAGAAAAAUACUAUGAAAUGUUUUUUAAAAAACACACACAUUUGAAAGGUCCUGCUGGUUUGUUAUGCUGUUGUUUGCAUAUGUAGGACUGAACUGAACUGAACUGAAAUUCCUUUCUGUUUACACUAUAGUGCUAUGAGGGAUUAGAGAGGGUGGUGUUUGCACACCAUAGAGUAUGUGUGUGGACAGCACGUCUGUCUUUCAAGCUCACCAAUGUUGUGAAUGUUGUACUGACUGUAAUAAAAGAAUUCAAGGAAAGGUCACAUUCUUAUUGAUACAAAAUGCAUCGCUAUAAUAACAAAUACUGAAUUAUCUUCCCACCACCAAUGUACACAAAUACAAAUGGCCCCUCAUACGGGUCAUAACAUUGGAAUCAGUAUUGACUCUGCGAUUUAAACUGAAAACGCCUUUUAGCAAAUAAUAAUUAGCUAUCAGGAUUUGAGCCUUCAGAUGGAAGAAAAUAAAUUUAAAAAACAGGGUUUACUUUUUGAAUUAAAAAAUGUACGCUUUAUUUUUCCGCCUUAAUAUUAUUACUCGUGUUCAGCAUAGCGAUGUGGGGCCAGCUCCCCAAGAUCAUCAUUAUUUUUAGCAUGCAGUAUUGAUGCAGGUGAACUAACAAGGCAACGUAUGCACAUUGUCUAGAACAGGGGGGUAAAAUAAAAACACAAAACACAUGGGUGUCUGCCCCUUGUGGCAAUCCGUGUAUAUUUAAAUGUGAACAGAAGAUCCAGCGAUCCAGAAAGGCACAACUGCAUUUACAUGCUCUUUGGUACUGAAGCUGAACAGGGUUUCCAUGAAAAUUGACCAUGAGUCGAUGUGAAAAGAAGGCUUCAUUUUGUCUUCUCUAACGUGCACUGAUAUUAAGACAUACCUGAAAAGUAAUGUUAAAAAAUUCAUAAAUUAGUGAGUACUGCCUUUUUGCACACCUAAAACCAGGGUAAUAGAUACAAGUGCUCUUAAGAAAAUAUGUAUCCAGUCAUAUCCUUCUGCCUUUAUUUUUGGUGUGCAUAUUCUGAUGAUAACGAUAAGGCUGAUAUCGCAGGCCGUUUUUAUGGUUCAAUUGAAUAGUUAUUCUUUUAAUCUUUCAAUUCUUUUGCUUGAAAAUGAAACCUUUAACUGCAGAAACGUUUACGAGUGUUACUUAGCCAAGCUGCCAUCCUUGAUGGUCGCCGAUGUCACUUUCAGUCGUUAAAAUAGUUUUAACUUUUAUUAUCAUUUCAGUUGCGGUUGCAGAUGGUCAGUUGUUGUACAACAGCUCUUGUUACAUAGUCGAUUGAAAGUGCCCAUAAUUGCUUAAAUGGUAAAACCAUGUGUCGGUGACCGGCCACUGUCAGUGAGCACGUCAGGCUCGGUAUAAAACGUCUGUGUCCCUCGUGUGCGAGAGUCUAAAUCACAGAUGAGUUACUACGGUAUUAUAUGGCCCAUUGAUGUUGCACUAUUUUCGACAAAAGGGAAAAAACUAAGAGCUAGUUUAGUCGAUUUCCCUGAGCACAUUUCAAGGUAAUGAUGUUUGUGGGAAAAAUUAUGAGUGCUUGAACGUAUUGAUGGAGUUAAGAUCUUAACAGUUUGAGUCAGUGACUCUAUUAGGGUUAAAUGUGUUCUUUCGGAGUGGAUUAUUCUGUAGGCCGAGCCUUUUGCAGUGUGACGGGAAAUUACACAUUUUCUUACUGAUAUUUUCUGUUCUGUCGACAAAGUCACUGAAUUUUUUAAACUCUGUGAAUCUGGUCAUCCCAAUCUGAAUUCUGUAGCUCUCGUGGCUAUUGUGCUGUAGCAGUGCAGCUUCAUUGUUUUACUGUCCUAUUCUAUUCAUUUUAAAUGUACCCAGUUCUCAGCAGUCUACCAGUAAGCUUGAUCGCAGCUUUAAUGGAAUCUUUGCUUUUGAAAUCAUGCUCUUGCCAACAAAAGUUUCGGCAACGUGCCAUCAUCUGCAUAACAUGCUUUCCAAGCAUUGAUGGUGACAUGGAUAUCGUGGUAUUUGUUACAGUGAGACAAGAUGAGAACUGUCGCUGAAGUAUAUUAAGAUUUUGUAAAAAUCAUUGUUAAUGACUGUAGUAUGUUGUUAUAACCAAGAAAUGUUUUUUUUUUUUAAUUUGUUGAUGUUCUUGUUAAUUGUUUUUUUUUUUUUUUUUUUUUUUUUUGUUAGAUUUUUUGUUUUAUUUUUAUUUUUUGGAGGGAGGCGGGGUGUGGUUUGUGUAAAAAUGUAUUCCUGUACUGACUUUAAAAAUGGCGCAUUUUUUUGGCAAUUGAUUUAAUUGUUUAGAAACUUUAAAGCACCAUCCAUCCAACACAGACACACACAUACACGUACAAACGGCACACAUCUACACACAUGCACAUGUGCACACACACCCACAUUCUCUUGUUUACAUGUGUAGGUGUUCUGUGAAUAACUAUACCCUGGUAAUGACAAUCGAUCACGCCAUUCACGCAAGACCUUUUUGUGUCUCAUGUCAGCUUUGGGUCUCCAGAUUUAUCAAAACAAAGGUAACUAUUUAUUUUUAUUAUUAUCGGGUUUUUUUUAAGACGGUUAUUUUCCUGGCAGAUUCUGUGAUGUAUAACAGGCCAAGAGAAUGCAAUAAAUCUUUUCAAUUAC